UUCAAAUUCUCCUCAAUAUUCACAGUUGUGUUGAUCUCCUCAGUUACUUCAGGCUUAGGUGAAAGGAACACAAAUAACCCAAAGAAAACAUCCACUGACCCAUAAGACAUCCAGAGGAUUUUACCAAGAAAACAUCUUUAGAAGUAGAGCAGCCUGCAAUCCAGGCUUUGCUACAAGAAAAGCUACAAUGCAGCCAUUACCUGUUUGCUGUACUCUGCUCCUGCUGCUGCCAUUCAUACUGUCAGCCCCUUCUGUGCUCCAAAAAACCAUCUCUCUUCAUGAAGACAACAUCUUCGAGGGAAAACUGUUUCAACUCAACUUACAGAAGAAGGCACAAACAAUUGAGAGAAAUGGACUUACAGUGGUGUCUAAAGAUAGAUUUAAACGAGAUGAAGACAAAGCCGGCAGUAACAAAACCAAAGCAGAGGAUGUAGAUUUACCUACAUGCCUCCUUUGCGUAUGUUUGAGUGGGUCCGUUUAUUGUGAAGAAACAGAUAUUGAUGAAGUGCCACCUUUGCCCAAGGAAACAGCAUACAUUUAUGCACGUUUUAACAAAAUCAAGAAAAUCACAGCAAAAGACUUUUCUGAUUUUCCUACCUUAAGAAGAAUUGACCUGACUGGAAAUUUGAUAGAAGAAAUUGAUGACAAAGCUUUUGAUAAGUUACCCUUACUGGAACAGCUCAACCUUGCUGAAAACAAACUUACAAGAAUUCCAGCUUUACCAACAAAAUUAACAGUAUUUAAUGCCAAUGAUAACCAAAUUAAGAGUAAAGGAGUUAAAGCCAACGCAUUCAAGAAACUUGCCAGUUUAGCCUACCUUUACUUGGCUCACAACCAGCUUGAAAGUGUACCACUGAACCUACCAGAGAGCUUAAAAAUCCUUCACCUACAGCACAAUAGCAUAUCUUCCAUCACAGAUGACACAUUCUGCAAAUCUAAUGACACAAUGUAUAUUCGGACCCACAUGGACGAGAUCAGAAUGGAAGGAAAUCCAGUAAUCUUAGGAAAGCAUCCAAAUAGUUUUACAUGCCUGAAAACACUGCCAUCAGGCUCAUAUUUUAAAUAAAG